AUGAUCGGCUUUUGUGAAUCGGUUGUGAAACCCAUCCUGAAUUCAAACCAGCACUCAGGUUUGGAGUUUCAGAAUACUACAAGAUUCGCUUCGACCAACAAUCGCCUGUUGUUUGAGUCACCGCUGCAACAAUUCAGCGCCUACUUCGACUACACCGCUCCCAAGAAGGGAGGCAACGCCCUCGGGAUGAAGGCGCUGAGCACAGAGACUGGAGCCGGACUCAUCUACAGCAAUUGCGGAGUCUACAAUUGUUGA